UUUUACGUCCUUCUACAUGUGUCAUGUCCGAUGUUCGUCUCCAUUUAUAGAUGAUCUUUACUUAAGGAUGCACGGGACUUUUAUUAUAGCGAAACAUCUGACAUACACUAUCUGAUCAGGGCUUUAAUUGCCAUGCAUGCAUUGAAUGUUGAUGAGUACUGUCUUUUAGCAAAUUGACUGGCGAUACAGAAGUCAUGGAGAAGAAAGUUUCCAAGAAGGAAGGACUUGGUGGCAAAAGCUUAUUGGACAUAGUUUUCUCAUGGUCUCUCGAGGAUGUUAUCAACAAAGAUCUCUACAGAAACCAGGUGAAAACGAUCCCAGAUACAUUCUUAUCGGUGGAAGACUACAAGAAGUCAUUCAUUUAUCCACUACUUGAGGAAACGCAUGCCGAUUUGUUUUCAAACAUGACAACCCUGUUUCAAGCACCUACUCGUGAAAUACUUGAUGUUGAAACAUCCGAAGCUUUUAAACCUCCCGAAGACUUGUUUUACUGUAUCACAUUGAAGAAGAUUGCCAAUGCUAAGGAAGCUGUAGGAAAAUAUAUUCCCCAAUUUGGUGAUCUUAUUGCCUUGACAGAUGUCAGACCUAUGAGCAUUGAUGAUUUGAACAGGCCCGGAAGAUUGUAUCUUCUUGCUUAUGUUGAAUGGGCAACAGAAGAAGAUUAUGUUCAACAACAGAAUUUUGAUGAUCAAAGUUUGGAUAUGAUCAAGAUACUGGCAUCAAAGCCCAUUUUCAAAGAACUAAACUUGGAGGAGAAGAAAGAAACACUUUUCGCAGUUUAUCUUAUGAACAUGAUUACAAAUAUCCGUAUAUGGAGAGCACUGAGCUCGGGGCUGGAUGGGGGAAACAUUAUUAAGGAAGUGCUGCAAGCCAAUUCAGCUGAUGAAAAUUGUACGAGUGGCUUUUUUAAAGGAAAAUGCAGUCUCGUUCCUUCUUAUCUAGGGGAUGCAAUCUGUCCUUAUAAUCUAAAUGACUCUCAACAAGACGCGGUUUUGAGUUGUGUUGAUAUGAGGAACUGCUAUCAUCAGAAUACUGUCAAAUUGAUAUGGGGCCCUCCAGGGACCGGGAAAACAAAGACCAUUGGUUUCGUACUAUUUUCCCUCCUCAAAUUGAAGUGCAGAACAUUAACAUGUGCUCCAACUAACAUUGCAGUUCUGGAGGUUACAAAACGGCUGCUGAGGUUGGUUAGAGAGAAGCAGACGCCAGAGAAUGACAAAUAUGGGCUUGGGGAUAUAGUUUUAUUUGGGAAUAAGAAGCGAAUGAAGAUUGGCAAGCACGAUGAUCUUCUUGAUGUGUUUCUUGACGAUCGUGUUAAAACGCUUGUGAAUUGCUUUCUUCCCUCGACUGGAUGGAAGAAUUCCUUAGAAUCAAUGAUAUCUUUGCUGGAUGAUCCUGAAUCGCAGUACAAUAAAUACUUGGAAAACAAAAAGAAAGAUGAUAAUGGGGACGAUGAUAAGCUCCAAGAGGAGAGUGACAGCAAUCCAUCAAAGGAUGAUGAUGUUCCUUUGACAUUUGAGGAGUAUUUUAAGCAAACAUGCGAGUCCCUGGAGCUUUGUAUGGUUAAUUUAUAUACUCACUUGCCAACUUCUCUAAUCCAGUUAGAGGUAGCAAAGAACAUGAUCAGAGCUCUGGGCUUGCUCAAAUCUCUUGAAACUAUGUUGGGCGGUGCCCAUGUAGCCAAUGAAGGGUUAAAACAAGUUCUCAAUGAUAUCAAAGACAAUGGAAGCAGCGUGGGUUGUUCUACAAUGUGGAGUACCACGAGGAAAGAAUGCCUGCAGUUACUGAGAUCUCUUCCUCUGACAUUCUUUCCACCAGAUAUAAUAGGGGUAGGGGAAUAUGCCAUAAAAGAUUUUUGCUUGGCAAAUGCGUGCCUGGUGUUCUGUACUGCAUCAAGCUCUUGCAAAUUAAACACCGUAGAUGAACCAUUGGAAUAUUUACUCAUCGAUGAAGCUGCUCAACUUAAGGAAUGUGAAUCAGCCAUUCCUUUACAGCUACCUGGUCUGCGUCAUGCAAUUCUCGUAGGGGAUGAGAUGCAGCUCCCUGCUCUGGUUAAAAGCAAGAUAUCCGAGAAGGCUAAAUUUGGAAGGAGUUUGUUCGAAAGAUUGGUCGUGUUGGGGCACCAUAGGCUCCUUCUUGAUGUCCAGUACAGGAUGCAUCCAUCCAUCAGCUUAUUUCCAAAUAGGGAGUUCUAUUUCGGCCGGAUUAAGGAUGCUCAAAAUGUUAAACAAAGAAGCUACGAGAAGCACUUCCUUCAGGGCAAAAUGUACAGCUCCUACUCUUUUAUAAGUAUAGCUCAUGGUAAGGAGGAGCGUGGUGACAGUCACAGCUCAAAGAAUGUGGUUGAGGCUGCCGUGGUCUCUGAGAUAGUUUCCAAGCUUUUUAAACGAUUCCUUGACACAGGGAAUCGUGUUAGUAUAGGAGUCAUAUCCCCAUAUAAGGCUCAAGUUUAUGCAAUUGAAAAACAAAUCGGAGAAUACAAAAAAUAUACAGAUAGCGGCUUCUCUGUGAGUGCUCGCUCUGUGGAUGGAUUCCAAGGAGGUGAGGAAGAUGUGAUAAUUAUUUCUACUGUUAGAUGUAAUGGGAAUGGAUCAGUAGGUUUCGUUUCCAAUCGACAAAGAGCAAAUGUGGCACUGACACGUGCCAGGCAUUGCCUUUGGAUAUUGGGAGAUGAGUUUACUUUACUCCACAGUGGCUCUGUUUGGAAGAAAUUAGUACUUGAUGCCAAAGAACGGGACUGUUUCCAUAGGGCAGAUGAGGACAAGAGCUUGGCUCAGGCUAUUGUUGCUUCCCUGGUGGAGCUUGGCCAGUUUGAUACCUUACUCCAUAGCGACACUCUGUUGUUCAGAGAGGCUACAUGGAAGGUUUUCUUCGACAAUGCUUUUGGAAGAUCUAUGGCUAGAAUAAGAAAUGCAAAGAUAUGCAAGGAAGUGCUUUCUAUGUUGACAAAGCUUGCAAGUGGUUGGCGUCCGCCUCAAGUGGAGAAAGCCCCCGUCGCCCUUCCUGGGAGGUCUUCUCAACUAUUAGAGAUGUACAAGAUCAAAGGGCAGCGGUGCCUGUAUCUGCUUUGGACAGUAGAUAUAAUCAAGGAGGACUCAAAUUACAUUCAGGUUAUGAAGGUUUUUGAUGUUGUGCCACUAUCUGAUGUACUAAAGCUAGCAAAGCAAGUUGAUAUCUUGUUUAGAAGUUAUACAGAGGAUAAGAUGCAACGCUGCAAAUACAGAUGUGUUUUGGGGAAUUUGAUUGUUCCAAUGAGAUGGCCUGUUGACACAAGUAGUUGUGCUGAACCCGUUGAUGCGUUGUGCCUCUCAAGAGCAUUAUCGUUGCUCAGUUUAAGGGAGGAGCCAGAAACAUCAACAGCAUCAACUUACAGGUAGCCUCAAGUGUCAUCUAUGGCUUCCUUUAGAGUGAUAAUGAAUGAUGUUGGCAAUUCCAAACCAUCGUAUAAAUGGCGAAGAGUAUUGCUCAAAGUGAUGGUUAUAUAUCUUUUAUGUUUAAGUAGUGGAGUAUACAUGUAAGUGUUAAUGGGGAUGGUGAAAAUAGACCCAUCGCAGAAGAUCCAAAUGGAGCAGUGAAGAAGGAUAUCUGGAUUUGGCAGUGUAUCGCAGAAGCUCUUAUGGUUGAAAUGAUGAUACAAAGGCUUGUAAUUUUUUAUUUUGUAAUGUAAUUAAAUACCAAAUAAUGUAAUAUGAAGUGGGUUAUAAAUAUUGAAUUUCUAUUUUUUAGAUG